AUGGCGACCAUCUUCGAGCAAGCAGACGAGCUCUACUCCAAGGGCGAGCUGCAGGCAGCGAUCGAUCUGCUAGGUGCGGACGAUAGCGCUUCUGCCCUGUAUCGGAAGGCAAGAUGGAGCUGCGACGUGGCCGACCAGACCAAGGAUGCUAAGGAGAAGGAGAGGAUCCUACGGCUGGCAGAGAAGGACGCGCUGCUGUCUGUGGAAAAGGGCCCAACGAUGCACGAGACGUACAGGACGGUGGCGGUUGCCAAGGGAAAGCUGCAGGAGCUGGUGGGUAUGACGGAGAAGGUGAAGCUCGCCAAGGAGAUCAAGGAGUACGUGGAGAAGGCUCUGGAGAUCAAGCCGACGGAUGGCGGGAGCUGGCACGUGCUGGGGAUGUGGCACGCGGGAGUCACGAAGCUGGGAUGGGUGACUCGGCAAGCUCUCCAAGCACUUUACUUGGGAAACUUUCCCCACGCAAGUAAUGAGAAGGCCAUCGAAUGUCUUCAGAAUGCGCAGCAACACUGGCCGAACGCAAGUUCUUGUAUGCAGUUAGGGAAGAUCUACAAGAUGGAAAAGAAGGACGAGGAGGCGAAAGCAUGGCUGAGCAAGUCCUUGGAAAUGCCUUCGGACCUGCCGAUCAGCCGGCUGGCGCAGGAGGAGGCGAGAGAGCUGCUGAGUAAGUGGUGA